GCGCGAUCUUGAAGAUGGCGGCGUUCUGUGAGGAGUUCACGUUGUGUACUCUGGCCGGUACUGGAGGGUCUGCUCUCCCUCAGGGACUGUUGGGGUUGGAGCCGGACCGGGACCGCGUGCUGCUCACUGACCGAAGCAGGACUGUUACGCUGUAUGAGGUUUCUGAUCAAAAACCAUUGGGCUGCUGGUCAGUCAAACAAGGCCAAAGCAUUACAUGUCCAGCUGUGUGUAAUUCUGAAACAGGAGAAUUUGUUCUUGUCCAUGAUGAUAAGAUUUUACAGAUAUGGAAAGAAGAUGACACUAACUUGGAUAAAGUGUUUAAAGCAACAUUGUCGGCAGAUGUUUAUCGGAUACAUUCAGUGCCCAAUGCGGAACCCCUGGUCCUGUUCAGGAAUGGUGCUGUUAAGAGUUUGGAUGUUCUGUUAGCAUCACCUCAACAAGACAUUAAAAGUGUGUUUUCAAAUGAAGUGAUUAGAUGGAGUGAAGCUUUCGUGGAAGUAGAAAAACCUGUUGUUGUAUUUAUUACUGAGGAGGAUGUGAAUUGCUUCAUAUAUGUUCAACACUGUAAUCCGUAUAUGCUUCACAAGUUUAAACUUGAUCAAGGAGGCGAGUCAUCCACUCUACUGAGUUUUGCAGCAUAUUUGACAGACAAAACUGUCACACUCCUGUGUUUGUAUUCCAGUGGAUGUGUUUAUAAGGUUCUCAUCCCACUACUACAGAGUGACUCUGAGGAACAGCAUAUUUUACCAAAGUCACUUCUGACCAGGCUUGAAGAAUCUGGCACUAUUCUUAAACAUGCUUCAAUUGCUAUUCUUGAUAAAGAUCACAUUGCUGUGGCAGGAUGUUCAAAUUCCCCAGAAGGAAACACUAAAGAAUGGGUUUCCUUAUGGAAUACAAAAUUUCAAACACUGCAGGAUUCCAAAGAAUUGCCGCUGGGAUCCACUGGACAGUGCUGGUGUUACGGAGGCAGAUUCUUUGUAACACAUGGGAAAGAAUUAAAAGUAAUCCUGUAUAAAUGUGAAACAUCAUCCCUAGCUGCUGCUCUUGGGAAAAUCAAGAGUACACCAACAUCAGAAACAAAAUCUCUGUCUGUGAAUUGGAAUAUGCUUCAGGAAGAUGGCCUAUUAUGUGUACAGCCAGAUCAGACUGUACCUGCUAAGAGUGAAUCUAAGAGACUUUUGAGGUCAAGAAGGACCACAGGUGCAAAAACACAACUAGAACCCCUAACGCUGGAACAGCUUCUACUAAUUAUAAAGAAUUCUUCUCUGAAUGUAAUUGAAGAAAAGCUGAUGAACUUUUUGUCCAGUGCUCAGAUACCAAACUUCCAAGUCUGUGUUGGGAACAUCAUAUUGGCGCUUGUGAACAGAUGUGAAGCAGAGCCAGCGUUUUAUCCUUCUAAUUGCCUAAUGCAACUGACCCAGAUGCAUGGCCUCUCUUAUAGCAUGUGCCCAGGCUUAAUGACAAUUGCCUUGGAGAAAACAGAUGUAUGCUUGCUACAACUGUGCUUGCAGCAGUUUCCAGAUAUUCCUGAAGCAGUGACCUGUGCUUGUCUGAGGACUUUCCUGAGCCUUAGUGAUGACAGCCUUGAAGAAAUGAAUAUAAAUGUAGAUUCCGUAGCUGGUUAUAUUGAUACUGCAUGUAACAGAAAAAUAAAAAACCAAUCUGAAGUGGUACAGAAUGGCUUCAGUUUUGAACUAGAGGAAAACAGCUGCGAUGCACAGUUAACCCAGAAAUCUCAUGCGAUGGAUAGAAGUAAAUUCUGCCCUGUUGGACCACAAAAAGCCAUAUUACUUAAUGCCAUUCUGUGUUCGGCAUACAGUGACACCUUCCUUUUGCCUCAUUUGAAAGAUCUGUCUGCUGAGCAAGUCAUUUUAUUUCUCCAGUAUUUGCAGUUCCUGUAUAUGAAAUGCAGUGAACAAGCUACUACAAACCUUCCUGGAAUAUUUUGUCCAACUAUAAAUCAGAUCAUGGACUGGAUGUGCCUGGUCCUAGAUGCUCAUUUUACAGUGGUUGUAAUGCUUCCGGAAGCAAAAGGGUUGCUUUCUAGCCUUCACAAGUUUGUAAGAGCCCAAGUUCAUUUUUACUCUGAACUAAACAAGAUUGAAGGAAGUCUUAAGGAAUUACAGAGAAUAAACAACCCAAAAGAUGUGGGCUUAUAUUCCAUUGAAGUUCUAAAACUUGUUUGAACAUGUCACAUGUACUUCAUAAAACUGUU